AUUCGGUUGCUCAUAAUUAUUAGUUUUCAACUGAAUAUUUUAAUUUUUUAAUGUUAACUUAAAGUCGUUUGAACAAAUUGUAAAGGUGUAAGAUGUGGUGAGCUUCUUAAGUAUCUGUAAUCACGCAGAAUAUCUCGAAAAAGUACAACAAAAAAAACUGCGGUUGGUAUUGUGCUUUUUGUGGAAAAGGAACUUUUUAAUGAGACCAUUUUCAGUGGUCUGGAAAUAUUUCCGCAAACGAAUAUCUACAUACAUUGCAAGUCGAAAGAAGAUUAACAAUCAGAAAUAUUCUACGUUGUUGUAUAAAAAGAGUGUUUGAAAUUAUUGUUUGUAAUAUUUAAAAUAGACUUUGGAACUGAUAAGGAAAAACAAAAAAAAAAACUAAUUCAAAAUGCAGCCUCUUAAGCGCUAUACCCAGUGUGGUAGUUUGACAAUAAUGUUUGUGGUUUUUAUUGUGCUUUUUGGAGUAAGUUCGACGGCAUUGACAACAUUUGGCAAAACAAAUUCUAAUACACCACCUGCUACACCUGGACCAAUAAUUAAAGGACGUGAAUGUUCCAGCCAUGACGAUUGCGUAUCAAUUGAUAAAUCCAGUUGUGUAAAAGAUUUAAAUGAUUAUAAGCUGCGAUGUCUUUGCGGUGACGAUUCAGCGCCUCAAAAUGGACUGUGUCCUAACGUAGCUAAAGGACUACGUCAUAAAUGCUCCAGUACCAGUGAUUGCGAACCAAAUAUGGUAUGCAGCAUGGAAAAUGCAAAUAGAACAAUAGGCGUGGCAAAGUUCAUGUCAUCGAAAGUCAAGCUGUGCCUCUGUGACAAUGAAAAUGGUUACGUUGAAAAUGCCCUCGACAGCAUAUGCAAUGGAGCUGUCCUACAAGCAAUUUCCAACAUUCUUAUCUCAGCUGGAUCUAUAGUAGUGGGCGUUAGUGUUUAUUCAAGUUUAAGAUUUUAUGAAUAUUUUUAAAAAGCUUUAGCUACGAAAUAAAAUAAAUUUUCGUUUUAAUUAUUUCUUCUUAAUGAUUUUUAUGAUUUUUAAUAAUUUGCUCAAAUAAAAAUUACAUGGUUCAAAUAAUUAAAUUUAUCGCAUCGAGCUAUAUAUUUAAAAAUGAAAUUAAAAAAAAAAUUAAUGGAAGUGUUAAAUAAAUUAGUAGGAAAUUUCUUUAUGAUUGUAGUAGUGGUAUUGUAUACGUAUAAUGUUUAUGUAUGUAUGUUUGUCAAAUUAUAUAGUCGGGAAUUUAAAAUAUUAAUUCACUUUAAAGAAUUGCAAACAUAAUUUAAAAAAGAAAAUUCACAUGGAUUUAUUAUAAAAAUUUAAAUUUACACAAUUUAUUCAAAAAUAAUAAAUAAAUCAAAACAUAUCAAAC